GAAAAAGAAGCUGCAGCUGCUGAUGAAGAAGAGGAGGCCUCUGAUGAAGAGGAGGAGGCAUCUCCUGAACCCGUUUCCACCUCAGACGAUGAAGAGGCGUCUCUGUCUCCUGAUUCCGAUGGCGACGUUCUCGUUGUUGUCAUAGACAGCGAUGAAGACUCGCCUGACGAUGAUGACGAUGUCAAAGAUGAAGAUGACAGCAGUGACGAUGCGUUUGUGGAUUCCUCAGAAAUCAGUGACUCAGCACUUCUGUCCAGUGAGGAAGAUGAUGAAGAUGACAGACUAGCAGCGACGUCAGACAGCGAUGAUGUCAUCGCAGAGGACACUGAGGAAGACUUGGAUCUAGAUCUUCCUCACAUAGCAGUUUCUAGUGAUGAAGAGGAAGAUCUUAAAGUUAAAGAUGAAGAAGAUCUUUCUCCUCUACCACCUGUCGAUGAUGGUGAUGAUGAUGAUGAAAUAAAGGUUUCUGAGGAAGAUGAAGAUGAUCUGGACCAAUCAGACGACGUUUCUGUGGCUUCCUCUGAACUGUUUGCAGAUGAUGAAGAUGAAGGUAAAGAUGAAGACCUUGAUAAGGACGACCUCAUCGACCUUCAGGUUGAUGAAGAUGAAGAAGAUCUUGACAAACCUUUAGAGGAGGAAGAAAAAGAAGCAGCAGAGGAGGAAGAGGAAGAGGAAGAGGCGGACAUUCUUCCUUUGGUCAGCUCAGACAGUGGAGUGUUGGGAGACGAAGAUGACGACGAUGAUGAAGAUCUUUAUGAAGAAUCUCUGAGUGAUGAUGAAGAUGAAACAGAGGAAGACGAUGUUGAGACGAGCUUCGAUGAUGAAGAGGAGAAAGAAGUGAUAGAAACACUGGUUGGCACUGAGGAAGACAUUGAUGAAGCUGAGGAUGACGAAGGUGAAGGUGAAGAUGAGGAAGAUGAUGAUGAGGAAGAUGAGGAAGAUGAUGAUGGACUUGAUGACAUCCUGUUGUCAGCCGCCAUUGCAGCAGCGUUCACUGGCCAGGAGGAGGCAGCAAAGACCGCUGUAGCUGAUGAAGAGGCUGAAGCUGAUGAAGACAAGGCGGAGGAAGAUGAAACGGAAGAAGCUGAGACCAGCCAACCUGCUCCUCCCAAGGAGAAAGAUGAAGAAGAAGCUGAAGAACCUGUUUCUAAGCCUCAGAAAUCCAUCGACAAAUCCGAAGAUAAGGAAGAGGAGUACGAUGAAGAUGGAGACGAAGAAAAGGCCACAGUAGAUGUGAUUAAACCUGUGCCUGAGCCAGAGGAGGAAACACCCAAAACAGAACCAGCAGAGUGUCCCUGCAUGCACUCUGCAAAGACGAAAGAGACUGUUACCAAGACUGCAGAUAAAAAAGAUGCUCCCAGGAGGGUGUCGGCUGUGCGACGGAAAAAAGAACAGGAAGCUGUGAAGAAGACAGAUGAAAAGCCAAGAAGACAAGCUCUUCCUAGAUUUCCGGCUCUGGAGCCAAAAGCCAAGAGAAUCCGAAGAUUAGGUCCUCUUCUGAAAGCUAAGAUUAAACAGAAGAGCAAGAUGUCAAAAACAGUGAUAGAGACCAAGCAACAGGAAGAGACCACAGAGUCUGCACAGGAAGUCAGUCCCUGCAGACCUGCUCCAGUUUACUGCCCGGCCCCCCCAGGAUGGUACGUUCAUCACAUCGUCACAGACAAUCCGUACCCUCCUCCAACCAUGUCAGCCCCCUCUGCUCCGAUUGUGACUGUUCACCCUCCAGCUCCUUCAUCACAGCCUCCUCAUCAGCAGCCUCCUCCUCCACUAAUGCAGCCGCUCUAUACUCACUAUCAGCCAUAUCAGCCUCCAGUGCAACCUGUAAUGCCAGCUCCUGCAGAGCCUUCUCCACCAGUACAACCAGAACAGCCAGAGGCUCCACAACCUGAACCACCGGUGGAGCCUGAGGUACCGACUCCAGCUGCUGAAGCUCCGCCAGCAGCAGCUGAAGUCCAGGAACUAGAGAAAGUUGUGGAAGAACCAAAAGCUCCCUCAGUGAAGAAAGCUGCAAAGAAAAAAACUGAGGUUACUGAUUCAGUAAAAGAUAAAGCUCCAAAAAAAGAGAAAACCAAACUUUCCACUGAAGCUAAAAAAGAGAAGCUUCCAAAGGAGAAAUCAAAACUUCCAGCUGAAGCUAAAAAAGAGAAGCCUGCAAAAGUGAAAUCAAAACUUCCAACUGAAGCUAAAAAAGAGAGGCCUGCAAAAGAGAAAACCAAAUCAAGAAAAGAGCCUGCAGCUGUACAGCAGAAGAGGAAAUCAGUGUCUAAGAGGACAGCGCCGGCUGUCAAGAGCAAAGUCAAAGCAUCCAAAGAUAAGAAAGAACCAGAAUCAAGUCCACAGCCUCUGAGACUGAGGAUGAGACUGGAAGCUGGCAGGACGGCAAACGUGACCGCUAGAGCCGAGCCAAAGAAACCAGUCAGAGUUUCCUUUAAGUCAGAAAAAGCUGCAAAGGCUGAAAAGAAACCAGCCAAAGAAGCUGAAGAUAAAGUCAAACAGCCACCAAAAACUCAGGAGCCUGAGACUGAAGACAAUGUUACAGAGAAGACAGAAAAGAAGAAACCGAGUCAGAAAUACUUCCAGUGCAUCUAUUUCCCAGGAAAACACGCACACUACCCUUUACGACCUUUCACCCCGGCCAUGUCUCCCGCCAUGCUGUCCCCUGCAGUACGGUCGAUGCUGGAGCAGCAGAGAGCAGCCAGAGCAGCGGGCCACUGACCCGACUGACAGAUCUCUAAUGCUGUGACUUCCUCUGCCUGCGAUUCAGACACAGGCAAGAAAACACAAACAGGACGGAUAGAUUUUAGUUUUAAUUUACUGAUUUAUUCAGUGGUUGAGCUGCUGGGGAUGCUUCUGAAAUGUUCUCAGUCUUUUGCACCCACAGCUACUUUUACUGCAAUACAUUGUGACUAUGUUUAGAUUUUCUUUCCAAAUACAAAAUAAAUUUCCAAUCAACCCUUUU